AUGACCCAGACUCCAGAGAACAAGGCCGCAUGGCUCUCCGGUUCCAAAGUCACGCCUCUUGAGAUCGGUCCGGCGCCAUACACAGCACCUGGGCCUCAUCAGAUCGUCGUGAAGAAUAGUGCAGUAGGCAUCAAUCAGGUCGAUUGGGCCAAGCAGCUGCUCGGCGAAGGCUUGCUGGGCCAUAUCAGCUAUCCUUUCAUUCUGGGCGAGGAUGUGGCCGGCACCGUUGUGGAGGUGGGCGAGGGCGUAGAGCGCUUUAGUGUCGGUGACCGCGUUGUGGCUGCAGCUGCAGCUAUUUCCCUCAACUCCCCCCUCGAGGGUGGUUUCCAGCUGUACACCGUCGUCCGUGACUGGCUGGCCGCACCGCUGCCAGAUAGCAUCACCUUUGAGCAGGCCAGCGUGAUCCCCCUGGCCAUCUUCACCGCCUCUCAUGGCCUGUUUGACACGGAAUACCUGGGCCUUGACUUGCCCACCGUGCCCGCCCUCCAAUCCAGCAGUGAGAAGGGCGCUGUCAUUAUCACCGGUGGCUCAUCCGCUGUUGGCAGCACUGCAAUCCAGCUGGCCGUGUCCGCCGGCUACGAGGUUGUGACGACAGCUUCGCCUAAGAACUUCGACUAUGUCAAGAAGCUCGGUGCAACCCACGUGUUUGACUACAAGAGUGAGACUGUGGUCGACGACAUCAGUGCUGUUGUCAAGGGACUCCCCCUUGCCGGCGGUUACUCCAUUGGCGAUGGCUCCAUCGACCUGCUGGCUGCCGUCUUGGUGAAGCACGAAGGCCCCUCUACCAAGAAAGUCAUUGCUCUCGCUGGCGGCCAGCCCGGUGGUAGCAGCCUUGACCCGAGUGUCGCGGUCAAGUUCAUCCUGCUCGGCCCGGACGCGGCCGGCCCCGACUCUGUUACAGGCGAAGUAUACAAGAACUACCUCCCGGAGGCACUCGCCAAUGGGCAGUUUGUGCCAUCCCCCGAGGCGAUUGUGGUGGGCAAGGGACUGGAAAAGAUCCAGGUGGCCUUUGGGGCUCACAUGCAGGGUGUUUCGGCAAAGAAGAUUGUUGUGUCACUAUAA